GAGCAUUCAGAUUCAUAUUGGUAUUCUUAGCUCCAGCUCCAAAUGAAAACAAAAAACAACGAUGUAUGAUGUGUUGCUUCUCAAUUGUUUGUGCAGAAAUCGAGUAAUUAGUGUUCGACCAUGGAGACGCCCCAAAGAGGGAAAAGUGAUGACACGCAGACGACCGAGACGCCCCAUUCCGCGGAUGUCGUGUACCACAACAGAGAUGAAUACUUUGCAGCUUUGCAAAAAUGGAUUCACGACGCUCAAGUAUGGCAGAACUCUAUGGCAUGCAUGCCAUACUUUCUUCUGUCACAUCCCGAGCUCUUUGGAAUUCCCCCACUUCCGCCUGCCAGCUCUGCCAGCUCUAGCUAUGCAGCUGACCCAUCAAGACGCCCUGCUCCUGGACCCAGUCCCACCUUUGCCUGGGGAGCCCCAGGCGCACCAAAUCGCUCCCCUGCAAAUUUGCUUGGAGGGAUACGAUACAAAGUGCCUCCAUACUGGAAACGUUUGUGUGCAGAAAUCGUUGACUCUGGCAUUACCUUCAUACUAAAGCUGAUCAUUACAUUUGUAUUUGUCCACAUCUUUAAGCUCAUUGACCUGGACAAAUACAGCAUAGAAAUGCUCCAACAGAAUGUGCAAAGCUUAACUUAUAAAGUGGCUUUAGAGAUGACUUCACAGCUUCUUGUUCUUGAGUUGGUGAACCGUGUUGUUGUCUGCCUUUUAGAAGCAUAUUGGUUGCGAGGUGGAGAAGGCGGACGUGUAGGGGGCUCUACACCUGGAAAAAAUUUAUUUGGCCUGAGAGUUGUGUUAUGUUACCAUGCUAGUCCUAUUCCUGGCCAGCCUAAUGAAAUUGUUGCAGUUACUCCCGGAACAGAUCUAGGCUGGGGAUGGUCUCUCAUUCGCGCACUAUCAAAAAACUUAUUUCUCACAUUAAUAUAUCCCCUUUGUUUUGCAUUUUUCUUUUUCAAAUUUAACCGUUUAGGAUAUGAUGUACUGUCACAUUCUAUUGUUGUGGAAAAUGUAGAUCAUAAUAACAAUCGGAGGUGAUUCCAUGUUAUAACUCUGAAGGUUAUUCUUCCUCAAAUUAGGUAACCAAAUGCAGGAACACCUAAAAGGAAACUGACUGACUUCUCAGGUAUUUCUGUGAAAAGCUUUGAGCUUCGAGGACGUUACUAGUAUUUAUUUUAAUGCCAAUGUUUCUAUAAAGUUAUACACAUGUAUCUAUUUUUUAUUAACUACUAUUGACAUUGGACAUGUUUUUUUGCAGAAUGUGUAGGUGUUGCCUCAUUCAUUACACCUACUAAUGAUGAAUUCUAGUCUUAACAGAAAAUAUGCUUAAGGAGUAAAACAUUUAAGCCUGGUUUCAUUCACACUCAGCCAGUUCUGGAUGGGGUCUUAUUAUUUAUCAUCAAUGCAUAAAUAAAUGGUGUCUGUGAUAA